CGCCUUCCUGGGGCCCGCGGAGGCUCGCGCGUGUCCAGGGGUCGGGCGAGGCAACAGAGCAUCCCGGGGCUGCAGGCCUCCGUGCGGGCAGCCUGGGAGAGAGGUGUGUGCGUGCAAAAAUCGGAUCCCACCAGUCUUGCGGAUGCCCUUGGCCCGGUAAAGCUUCGCGGUUGAUUAAAGUUGAACUGCGAUUGAGGGAACGAACAGGUCCAGAUUGGGGAGAAUGGUGCUUCAUUGGAGGGUCUUUCGUUUGGGAGGGAAGGGAUGCCAGCCAUGGAUAAGUAAAUGGUUUCUGCAUCACUUGGAACAAAUGCAUGUCGUUCCUUAGAGUCUCCAUUCUGUUUCACUAGAGUUGCUCAAACCACGUCCACCACCAGCCUGGGGUUUAUUGAUUUCCUUUAUAUAGAAGAAUGACCCAAGAGUACCUACAAAGACGGUUUUUUGAGACAUUCGAACUUUUUCUCAAGUGAGGAAGGCAGCUAUUUUAACCAUUUAGGUAGUUUGCUAGUGACAGAACCAAGAAUUCAAUUCUGGUGGGCCGUUUCGAAGGCCAGGGCUUUGUCCUCUGCUACGCUGAAGCAGAGGCCUCCCUCUCAUGAAACUGCAGUUAAGGUUGGGGGAGGGGAGCAGAGUGAUAAGCAUCUUUAAACCCUCCUUCUGUGUUUUCUCAUUUCAUCUGCUGAAUACAUUAGUAGGAAAAUAGGUAAUUGACACAAAAAAAUAAAUGAUAGACAGACAGAUAGACCUUAGAUUUGCUGGCCUGCUGUCUCAGGCUUUAUAUACACCAAAGCUUAUUGAUAGGAUCUAAUCUGAACUCCAAAGUGUUGUGUUUUUUAAGGAGGCAUAAGAGGGUAAUUCAGUUCACACCUUUGUUUCCAGUCACACAGUAAGAAAAGCUCUGAUUUGUCCAUUCAGAUUCCCUCCGCAGUUGUUUUCUGUCUGACACAGGUGGGAGGGUCCUUUCCUUCCACGUGUCUGUGAGUCACUGCCAGUCUGCUGAUCACAAUCCUGUUCUUCCUCACCCAGCCCUUCAGUCACCGUUCCUGGCCCUUUCUUGAGAACACCUGAAAAUGGACAGUACCCAGACAUCAGUCUCCUUCAAGGACUUGACUGUGGACUUCACCCGUGAGGAAUGGCAAUAUCUGGGCCCUGCGCAGCGCCUCCUGUACAGAGAUGUGAUGCUGGAGAACUACAGUAACCUCAUCGCACUGGGGUUUCGUGUUAGCAAACCAGAUGUGAUCCUAAAACUGGAGCAAGGGGAAGAGCCCUGGAUCGGGGAAGACUUGUCACAUCAGAACUUGUCACAUGCAGAAGAUGAUGACACCUUAGAGAAGGACAAGAGGACACAAGACAAACAUUUGAAGCAGUUCUUAGUCAUCAAUAACAAAACGACAUCAGAAAAAGCCAAUCUGUUUGAGAAAACAGUUGCUCUCGACACGAACAGUGUUUCUUCGGGGAAAAUGCUCCAUAAAUACGAUCCAGGUGGAAAUGGCCUAAAAAAUAAUUCAGAAGACACUGUCGUAAAGCCAAGCAAAGCCAAUGGGAAGGUAGCUGCUGAGCAUGAUGGGAGGGGGAAGCCAGCGCUCCACACGAAGGCUGACAGAAGUCAUUCUGCAGCAAAGCGGUACAAAUGGAGUGAAGUCGGGGAUGUUAGGAGUCAAGGUGAGGAUCUCACUCAACAGCUGAAUAACCCGGCUGUAAGUCAGCCCUCUGAACACAAUGAAGGUGAACAGGAGUCAGCCCGCACCGAGGAGUGUCCUGAACGAAAGCGGAAUGAGUGUGUGGAGUGUAGGAAAACCUUUUCUAAGAGGUCCACCCUCAUCGUACACCUGAGGAUCCACACAGGAGAGAGGCCCUACGCUUGCAAUUACUGCAGGAAAACUUUCCGAAUAAAAGCAAGCCUCACCCGGCACCAACGGAUUCACACCGGGGAGAGGCCUUACAAGUGCAAGGAGUGUGGGAAAGCCUUCAUCGACAAGUCUGCCCUCAUCGUGCACCAGAGGAUCCACGGCGGGGAGAAGUCCUACGAGUGCAUCGAGUGUGGAAAGACCUUCUUCCGGAAGUCAGCCCUGGCUGAGCAUUUUAGAUCCCACACCGGGGAGAAGCCUUACAAGUGCAAGGAGUGUGGGAACGCCUUUGGCAAGAAGUCGUACCUCAUUGUGCACCAAAGAACUCACCGGGGCGAGAAGCCCAAUGAGUGUAAGGAGUGUGGCAAAACCUUCUUCUGUCUCUCCGCCCUGAUAGCACAUCAGAGGAUCCACACCGGGGAAAAGCCCUAUGAGUGUAAGGAGUGUGACAAAACCUUCUUCUGUCAGUCGGCGCUCAACGUUCACCUGAGAAGCCACACCGGCGAGAAGCCCUACAAAUGCCGGCAGUGUGGAAAGUUUCUGUGCACGAAGUCUGCCUUGGUCGCGCAUCAGGUGAUUCACAGAGGAAAGAAGUCCUUUGAAUGUAGCGAGUGCGGGAAGCUUUUCUACCUGAAGUCAACCCUCACGAUACAUCAGAGGACUCACGCAGGGGAGAAGCACGGCCUGCUUAGUAAGUGGAGCCGACCCUCCUCCGCUGGGAAGUCCAACUGUGGCGAGCAGAAAAGAGCGGAGGCAAAGGAGAAUCUGCAUGAGUGUCACGAUCACAGGCGGACAGCCCACAAGAGCUCACGCCGCGUCGCCCACAAGAGAACCAUAUGGGAGAGACCUUAUGAGUGUCAGGAAUGUGGGCGGACCUACUGCCGGAAGUCAGCUCUCAGGCACCACCAGAAGACACACACGGGAGAGAGGCCCUACGAGUGCAAAGAGUGCGGGAAGACCUUCUGCCAGAAGGUCUCCUUUACUGAGCACCAGCGAACUCAUACCGGGGAGAAACCACACAAGUGCAAGGAAUGUGGGAAGUCCUUCCGCCAUAAGUCAGCCUUCACAGUGCAUAAGAGAAUCCACACAGGGGAGAAACCGUACGCGUGCAGUGAAUGUGGAAAAAGCUACCGCCGGCUCUGGACUCUGACUGAACAUCAGAAAAUACACACAGGGGAGAAACCCUAUGAGUGUAGCAUAUGUAAGAAAUCAUUUCGCCACAAAUCAAACUUCCUUUUACAUCAGAAAACUCACAAGAAGUAAAUUCCAGCAAGGCAACAACGGAUCAUUUACGUAAUGCUCAAGUCCUGAAUUACACAUAAAGGCGUGAGUCCUCGUCAGCACAGGGACCGUUGCGUAAGGCAGCCCUGUUUCAAACACCAGAGAGUUCACGUGGGCCACGUACAGAGUUUGUUUUAUGGACGCCGGACGUUCAGUGUUAACUAUGAAGACAUUCAGCAUUUUAAACAUUAUACCAGGUGUGCCUGCCGCCCUUCCGAUCACGGAACAAACACUAAUUCCUACCUGACCUCCCUCCACAGUUAAUUUGCAUAGCGUAUGUUGCCGGAUGUGAGGAGCCAGCAUUGACUCCAGAUCAUUGCUCCUGCGGUAACUGAGUAGUUUGUUUAUGAGUUUCCAGUAUUAACACCUCAGACUACACAACCGUCCGUCCUCUGUCCCUCCUGUCUAGUGACAGGCCCUAAUCCCUUUCUCUGCAAAGGUGAGUCGGACGAACCC